AUGUGCGGCAUCUUCUGCUCACUUGGUGCGGCACCCAUACACCCAACCCCAGAAACACAGCGUCUGCUGGUAUCCCGAGGACCAGACAGUAUCUGCACUCACACGGUUCACAUCAAUGGAGUGCAGUCCUGGCACCUCACCUUCAUCUCCACCGUACUGUCACUGAGAGGCGACCAUGUCUACGCGCAGCCUCUAGUAGACCCUGCCACGCAGUCUGUGCUGUGUUGGAACGGUGAGGCCUGGAAGAUCGCCGGGGAGCAGGUCCAGGGCAAUGACACAGAGCACGUCUUCAACUUGUUUCUACGAGCUGUGACACUCGCUGAUGGUGAUGAGGAUCGUAAGCACGCUCUUCACAAGCUGGCCAAUGCCAUUGCGAGCAUCUCUGGGCCCUUCUCCUUUGUGUUCUUUGACGCGCACAACUCAAGACUCUUCUUUAGCAGGGAUUGCCUCGGCAGAAGAUCUCUCCUGCAGGGGAUUGACGAGAAUGGCAGCUUGAAAAUCGGCAGUCUCUGUGAUGGAUCUUCCUUGUCACUGGGAUUUGAGGAGGUCGGCACUGAUGGCAUUCAUAUGAUUGAUCUGAACCCCGGUUCGGAUCUGCCACAGGCAGGACAAAAGUCUAUCACGGAGAUGUUCAAGAUUGAGACUCUGCCAUGGAGCUCGGAUCCACAGCCUCCAAUUGGGCAUGUGGUUAGUUCCGUCAUAUCAACCUGGAGAGCACCACAAUUGACAACGCUACAGAAAUCUCCACUCCCACCCAUGAACAUGUCAAUUCCAACGGAGCAACCCCCGUCACUAACGACAGACUCUCAAUUUGUCCAAGACCUCGAGACGCGACUCGGUGAAUCACUGAAACUAAGAAUCCAAAAUGUCCCCGAGCCUCCAGGGUAUGUUCGAGGCCACAGCGCCAAAAUCGCUGUACUUUUCUCCGGCGGUCUAGACUGUACGCUGCUGGCGCGACUCUCACACGAUCUUCUUCCUCUGGACGAACCCAUCGACCUGCUUAAUGUGGCUUUUGAGAAUCCACGAGUAGUAGCAGCAGCAACAAACUCCAAUCGUCAAAAAUCUUCUUCUCCACCACCAUCACCUCCCUCUAUUUAUGAAGCCUGCCCAGAUCGAAUAACCGGUCGUUCCGCACAUCAGGAACUGCAAACCUCCUGCCCCGGCCGUAUCUGGCGUUUUAUCGCCAUUAACAUCCCAUACGACGAAACAUUAGCGCACCGGGACCAAAUCAAGCGCCUAAUGACACCCCACAACACAGAAAUGGAUCUAUCAAUCGCAUGUGCGCUCUACUUCGCAGCCCGCGGCAAAGGCACAAUCCAAACCCAACCCACCACCUCCGCCUCCUCGGCGGGAGAGGACCACUACACCACCUGCGCGCGAAUCCUCCUCUCAGGGCUAGGCGCCGACGAGCUCUUCGCCGGCUACGGCCGACAUGGGGUCGCAUUUGCAAAACACGGGUUCGAGGGCCUUGUCUCAGAGAUCCAUCUCGACGUCAGCCGGCUCGGACAGCGUAACCUCGGCCGUGACGACCGCGUCCUCUCCCACUGGAGCCGUGAGACGAGGUUUCCCUACCUGGACGAGGAAUUCGUCGCGUGGGUGCUCCGCGCUCCUGUAUGGGAGAAGUGCGGGUUUGGUUUACCUUUACACGUGCCUCUAGAAGAGCAGCAGGUCGUCGACGACGGUGGCCGCAGGCCAGAUGCUGAGAAGUUGGCUCUUCGGCUGGUUGCUGUGCGGUUGGGAUUGCGAUCUGUCUCGCUGGAGAAGAAGCGUGCGAUCCAAUUUGGGGCAAGGACGGCGAAGAUGGAAACGGGGAGAUCGAGGGGGACUGAUACCCUGAACUGA